AUGGCAGUUGAAGCUCAGCACCACCACCAUGCGGGUCUUAUCCCAUCUCAGUUAAUCCCAAAUAGAGAUUUCAUCAAAACCAACCAAGGAAACGCCAAUAUUUACAGUACACAGAUGGACUCUGGCCUGCUUUUGUCCACAACAAUGCCUGAAAAUCUGCUUCCCAUGUACCAAUCGCCUUUCUGUGAAGCAAAUAAAGCUUCGAUGAACAAGCAGGCGGAGAGUGGUCUCACAUACAACAACAUAUCUGCUCCUAGAAAGCGGCCUAGAGACCAAUUAAUCAACGACUUCAACAAUUUCUCAGUCCCUCAGAAGACCAAAAUGUCCGUUGGUGCCUCGUCUUUUAUCGACCAAGACAUUGCCUUUCAGAUCCAACAACAGCAAUCUGAGAUCGAUCGCUUCAUCGCCCAACAUACUGAGAAAGUGAGAAUGGAACUCGAAGAGCAAAGAAAGCAGCAAUCGAGAUUGUUAGUGUCGGCAAUCCAGGAGAGAAUCGUGAAGAAACUGAAGGAGAAAGACGAGGAGAUACAGAGGAUGGGGAAGCUCAAUUGGGUCCUUCAAGAGCGAGUCAAAAGCCUAUUCCUUGAGAACCAAAUAUGGAGGGACAUGGCGCAGACAAACGAAGCCGCAGCCAAUUCUCUACGCACCAAUUUAGAGCAAGUCCUGGCGCACGUUAGCGAGGAGCACCAAGCUGGUGGCGGCCCCGCAGCCGCCGCAGUGGCAGACGAUGCGCAAUCGAGCUGCGGCAGCAACGAUUACGGACGGGAUGAAGAGGCGGUUGAUGGUGGUGAUGCGGUGGUUGGAGGCGGCGGAAACGGUGGUUGUGGUGGUGGCGAUAGGAUGUGUAAGAGGUGUGGGGUGAGGGAGUCAAGGGUGUUGUUACUGCCAUGCAGGCAUUUGUGCCUGUGUACAAUGUGUGGGUCCACCGUUCUCAAUUGCCCUGUAUGCAACUCUGUCAUGAAUGCCAGUGUGCAUGUUAAUUUCUCUUAG